AGCAUCUUGUCAUCCCACAGAACUUUUCCGGAAACUCCUGAACUACAGCCGGAAGAAUUUUGAUGAUAUGUUCCAGAAGACUUAUGGAAUCCUGUACAAGCAGAAUGCAUUUGUUUUUACUGGACUCUAUGACAAUUUGGAGAAUUACUAUAAUUCUGGGAAAAUCAACCUACAGGAUGCAAUGGAUGCAUUCUUCAAGGAGCUUUACCAGCGCAUGUUCACUGUCUUUAAUUCUCAGUAUACAUUCAAUGCAAAGUAUUUACGAUGUGUAACACGUCACAUGGAAGAACUUCAGCCAUUUGGUGAUGUCCCACAGAAGCUGACUACACAAAUUAAACGAAGCUUUGUUGCUCUUCGAACUUUUGUUCAGGGCCUUGCCACAGGGAGAGAUGUUGUGCGAAAUGUCCUCAAGGUGAAUCCAAGUGUAAGCUGUGUCCAUGAACUCAUGAGGAUGACUCAUUGCUCAACUUGUGAUGGUCACCAGGGAGUGCACCCUUGCCUGCCAUAUUGCAGGGAUGUGAUCAACCUCUGUCUGGCCCACCACCAGCCACUUAUUACUUACUGGAUUGCUUUUGUUGAUGCAAUGGUUGAUGUUGGUGAGAGACUAGAAAACCCAUUUAAUAUUGAAAAUGUUGUAGAACCUGUCAACUUCAAGGUGUCAGAUGCUAUAAUGAACUUCCAGGAGGCUGGCCAUGAUAUAUCCAAUAAGGUGUUUCAGGGCUGUGGAUCACCACGACUUGGACGGCGCAAGAGAGCAGCUGUGGGACGUGGAGAAUUGUCUCAGGAAUUUUUAGACUUUAGUGGAGGCAAACGUGAAGAAAAGAGAGAAAGUGAAAACUUCUCUAUCAGCAGACAUGUUCAUGAGAUCAAGACCAAGAUCAAGAAUGCACGCGACUUCUGGGGUGAAUUACCAACCAAAAUGUGUAAAGAUGCUGUCCAUCAAAGUGCUACCAGCUGCUGGACUGGCACUAAACUUGGCAAGUACGAAAUGAAGAACAUAAAUGCCACAGAGCCAUACCAUAGCUCAGACAUGGACGAGCAAAUUAUGCGCCUGAAGGUGAUAACAAGCAAGUUGAAGGAGGCUUACCAUGGUCGUAAUGUUUCAUGGAUUGAUGAUGAGUCCUGGUUAGGCAGUGGUAACAAGCAAGAUGAUGAUAGUGACUCUGAAGAUGAAGGGAGUGGCAGUGGCUGGCACUCUUCAGGUCACUAUCCCCCUGAUGAUGAAGAUGCCUAUCUUGGCUCUGGUGGUGGAACUGAUUAUGAAAUUUAUAAAAGUACUGAUGGAUCAGGUGACAAGACGUACAUAACCAAUGUUAGAAAGCCAGAUAAAUCAAACCCACCUCCAAAACCCACUUUUCCAAAUGUGACUGACCAGCCACCCUCUGCUGCUGCCAAAGAAACCAUGUCUCUCUCCCGUGCCAUCACCAUCUACAUGCUGCCAGCCUUCAUAAUGUUUCUUGGGUCUCUGGCCUAAGAGUGUCUCCGUUUUGUAGCUCAAACCCUGGUGAAGGUGAAACCAGGAUGAAUCAGGGAGUGGUGUGGAACAGACAAAAAGCACCAUCAGGAAUUAUUGAUGUUAUGUGCAUGUGGUCCUUGCUGUCUGUGGCUGCAGUGAUGCAGUUUGACAGUAAUGGGGACAAGGUCACCACAAGUUUCACAGUGUCACAAAGUUUGUGUAAAAAUGACUGACUAAUCACAGUGACAAGAAAAAUCCAAUUUUUAUAUUAAGACUGUUUGCUUAGUAAUGAGGCCAAGAAUAUAAGUUACAUGAUAUGAGUCAUAUCAGAAUAUGAAAUGAGUAAUUGCAAAUAUAGAAACAAUCAGACAUCUCAGUCAAGGGAGUUAUAUCUGUGUGUGUGUGUGUGUGUGUGUGUGUGUGUGUGUGUGUGUGUGUGUGUGUGUGUGUGUGUGUGUGUGUGUGUGUGUGUGUGUGUGUGUGUGUGUGUAUGGGUGUGCAUGUGCGUGUGCGUGUGUGUGUGUGUGUGAGCGCGUGCAUGCACGCGCAUACGUGCAUGCAUGGGUACAUGCACGUGUCACCAGCUCUAAUAGAUGUGGAAUAAAGUGGAGGAAGUGCAUAGUGAGGAUAAGAAUGCAGUGGAUAUUUAUACUGCUUGAGGAUAAUGAAGAGCAUCCUCAUCUUGGUGUGCACCAAUUCACUUGCGCAUGUUUUGUAUUUUGAAAAGUUUAAAACUGAUCAUAAUAUAUUCAAAACUGAAGGAUUAUAGUUCUUAUGAAUCUAUCCUUGACAGGUGUCCCUUCCAUGCAAAAAUUAGUGUGCCAUGAGUCUGGACCUAUGUAGCAUUACUCUAUUUUAUUUAUUAAUGUACAGUAGUUUAUAUUGAAGCUUUUUAAAUCUGGGUAAUCAUUCUGUUUGUUACUUUAGCAAUUCUGCAAAUUAGUGUAAUUUUCAUUAUACUGAUCUGCAGCUUUAUACAAGUCCAAUUUUUUUUUUUUUUGUAUUGUGGCCAUGAGACAAAUAUUUUAUAUUUCAAAAUGGAAAAAGAAUAGUAGGAAAACAUUUUGUGUAACUUUUCAUUAGGAAAUAAAUGCAUGCAUUUAUUUUGUCGCUGUGAUAGGUGAAAACAUCAAAUAUAAUCCUGGUCGUUAAUCAAAACUUGCCCGUCCAGGCAUAAAAUAUAUCGGAAUCCUGUUGGAUGUAGUUAAUUUCCAUGGUACAGUAUGUUUUUUUUUAUAUAUAUAUAAUUUCUUUUAUUAUUUUCCUUUUUGUAUUCAUAAGUGUGUACGAAUGAAUCAUUUGUGUGUGUGUGUAUGUGUGUGUGUGUGUGUGUGUGUGUGCAUGUGUAAACUGCAUAUACCCUUUGUCUCUCAUAGAGUGAAACAUCAUUUCUUACAUCAUCCUGUAUCAUUACAUUGUCAUGUGUUAUAAUGUAUCCAUGUAA